UGGCUGGAGUUGUGACGUACUCGUAUAUGGUUGACGUGUUGUUGCGGAUAGCAGCGGACUAUUUGUUGAUACUGCCCGACAGUGCACACGGGAAGCUGUACUUUGACGCUACUCCCUGCGCUUGCUUUUUCACGUCCAUUCGAACAUGUCUGAAGAGUGGGAGGAAAUUAGGCGGCUGGCCGCUGACUUCCAGAAAGCACAGUUUGCUGACACAGCACAGAGGUUGUCAGAGAGGAAUUGCAUUGAGAUCAUUACAAUGCUUGUGAAAGACAAGAGGUUGAAUGUGGUACACACUUUGGAUGGAAAGGAAUACAUCACCACAGCCCAGAUCGAGAGGGAGAUCCGAGAUGAGCUUUAUGUCCAUGGAGGUCGGAUCAACCUGGCACAGCUCCAGCAGGUAAUCAAUGUGGACUGGGUCCAUGUUGAGAGUCAAGCUGCUGAAAUUGUCAAGACUGAUAAAGUUCAGCUUGUGCUGGGGCAGCUAAUUGACGACUCAUAUAUGGAUCGUCUUGCUGAGGAGGUGAAUGACAGACUUCAGGAGGCUGGCUUGAUCAGUGUCUCGGACCUAUGCAAAAUCCACGACUUACCGGGUGACUUCCUAACUCCGGAGCUGGCUAAACGUCUUGGCCGUUUGAUACAAGGAGAGCUGGACCAGUACAAUAGAGGAAUCAUUUUCACACUUGCUUUUGUUGCUCGUCAUACAGCCAGAAUACUGGGACUCUUCUCUGCCAUAACACGGCCAACACCCAUCAGUGGCAUCAUCGCAGCAUUUGGUUUCCAGGAACAUCUCCUGUAUUCGGUCCUUGAGGAGUUAGUGAACACGAGACGCCUGAAAGGAACUGUGGUUGGAGGGCGCCAGGACAAAGCCAUUUACGUUCCGGACAUCUACUCUAAAACUCAAAGUGCUUGGAUCGACUCUUUCCUCUUGCAGAAUGGGUACUUGGAGUUUGACGCCUUACUCCGGCUUGGCAUUCCGGACCCCAGCAAUUAUAUCAAAAAGCGGUUUAAGUCCAACAAGUUGCUAUUUCUGCAAUCUGCCUGUGUGGGCCAAACUCUGAUGGACCAAGUUGAAGCAUCAGUGGAGGAGGCAGUGAAUUCGUCAUUGUGGUCCGACAUACAGGCCAUUCUACCCACUUGUAUGUCUGUGGAGGACAUGGAGAUGCUUAUCCAACAGGCCAUGAGGAACACUAAUGUGCUGUCAUCUGCCAGAAUCCUGGGUGGCACUGUGGUUGUCAGUGAGAAGUUCAUCCGCAGCCAGUGUCUGUCUUUGUUUGAUGAGGCUAUGCUGCAGAAAGCCAAGAAGGAUGUGAGUAAGCCAGUGUGUCUCAUCACAGAGGACAACAAUACACUGGUGCCCACACUUUCAGAAUGUCAAACUGUGUCAACCAAAAAGAGAGACGUCGAGCGGAAGAAGAAAGCUACAGAGGCUAGCAGCAGUGUGAAAGCAGGAGGUGGAGGAAAUGCCAGAGAGAUCCGCAUCCGUAAAACCAAGAAGAAGGGAAGGAAAGAUGAGAACAGUGGUGACGAUAAAGAUUCUUCACAUCAAAGUCAUGCUACUGACUUCAUGAGUAUAGAUGAGAUCAUCAAUGUCCUGCAGGAGGGGGUGCCUGACUUCCCAGAAGAAAUUCUUCAUGAGCUGGCCGACUCUCUUGUGCAGCCGUUGGCUAAAGUGUACCAAGAGGUUCUUCGGAGCGUGUUUGUGUCCUCAAGCAGCUCUCCAUCUGGAACCAACAAAAAGACUAUCAAGGAGAUCCAGGAAGAUAUUGGAAACCUCCACAUCAACAUUAAGCUAUUUGAGAAAGCAAUCAAGUUCUUUCAAGACGACACCCAGGGACUCAUCAGCAAGCACAUCCUGAAAAGCGUGUGCACGGAUGUCACAAACAUCCUUGUCAACUUCCUGGCUGCUGACAUGAUGUUGUCAAUGGAGAAUACUGGUUCUAUAACAUCAGAUGUCAGGAUCAAGAUUUUGGGAAAACUCCCAGAAGAGAUGAAGGAGCCUCUUAUCAAGCUACACAACAGUCUAAAUGGAAAAGCAGUUGAAGAGUUUUUAACCAACCUAGAGGUUAGUGCAGAGGCAUGUGGCUUCAUGGUCAAGAAGGGAGACAAAAAAAAAGAGAGGCAGGCUCUGUUCUUGCACCGUCAAGCCCUCACUGAGCAGAUGAAGGACACAGAGGAUCCUGCUCUGGUGUUGCAUCUGACCUGCGUCCUGCUGUUCCAGACCUAUACACAAUGCAUGCUCCAUGCUCCGGGUCGCUGUGUGCCACAGAUCAUCAGUGUGCUUGCUGGGCACAUACCUCCAGAAAGUCAACAACUACUAAGUACCUACCAGAGUCUGGUUGUGAAGCAGCUGGUCAGUAAGAAAAAGGAGGAAAGCAGAGCUGACGUCUCUUCUGCAGAACCAGAUGAGGAGUCAUCCAACGUGCGGAUGCAGCUCCUGUGUCUUAUGCCACAAAUCAAAGACCUGGUUUUGUCUCCGAGGAAGACAUCCAAAAGCGAGGGCUAAAAUGUCCGACCUGACAUAUGCGAAUACGGGAACCACUUCCACUCGCACCUAAACUCAUAGUACUCCUUGAUGGUUCCUUUUAUGUUGGCCUAUCUCUAAGUCUUAGAAGAAUGGUCAAAAUGUGUCUUGAUUUAAAUGGACUGACAGCCUUAUCAGGUCUCAUCAGCCAGUUAGCAGCAGUCUAACAUGAGCACAUGUUUCACAUAGAAAAACAGAGUCAGGAAAACCUGAAAUGUCUUCUCAGUUGUAGUCAUCCAGUGUUGUGAUACAAGACCAUAGAGGUAUUCCAUUUUAACGGUGGCAUCCCCCUGGACCAGUUCGAAUGUUGAAGAUGUGCACUAUUCUUUCAAUAAAUCUAUUUUGCAAAGCAGCCCUUAUUUGUCCUCAUUGUAAAUGUUUGACUACUGUACAUUACUGGACAGGUUACAAGGCUUCUCAGAAUACUUUUCAUCUGCAUACUUUACACUAACAAUUGCAUGAUGUACUUGCAUACAUACAUAUUAGCAUAAUAGACAAAUCAAAGUUCUUUAUUUCUGUGACAGCCAACCCAACAAUAGUAGCAACAUUUUUUGUUUUGUGACGGGGGCCCUUUUUUUCCUUGCUUGAGCAAGGGCGCCCCAAAAUGUGUGCAUGUGCUGUAAUGGAACAACUCUGUUUUCCUUGACGUGCUGUUACACAGUACAGUUCAGCAUGCCGUCUUCAGAUCACAGUAGCCAAGUUGAUCUUUUUUUUGUUUUGUUUUUUUCCCUUUAAGUCACUUAAGAGUGUCUGCUUUAAAAUGUCUGCUUUUGUGUCAGUUGUACUUAUUAUAGGAACACUUCUUCACUCUCCCUUUCAAUCUCCACAAAAUGUAAGAAGAAAUAUUGACUGAACUGUAUGUGUAAUGUAAUUGAAUGUUACAACGACAUGGCCAUGUUAUUUAAUGGGCAUACAAUGUGUCAUGAACGGUAUUUAGAAUGUGUUAGAUUGAAAUAAACAAACUUAAAACUAACUAGAUAUAAUACUACACACUCAAGCGAAUGGGGGGGAAAGAAAUUGGGUUAUUAAAAUUUGGAUAUCCUAUUAUUCCUCUGAAAUGAUUAUGAAAACUAU